AUGGCUGCUUCAGGGGCAGCAUCAUCGCCUUCAAGCAUUCGCGGCAGUCAUAUGCUGGCGGUGGAGGAGGUGCGGCAGUCUUUGCAGGACUCCAUGCAGGAGGUGCUGCGUGGCGGUGCCCGUGGCGCCCGGUCCGGGCUGGAGAAGAUCGAGGGGAGCAUCUGGCAGACGUACCAGGCCCUCCCAAAGAAUGAGUUCGGCCACAUCGGCCCACGGGCGGUGAGGUAUUUGGUGCAUAACUACUUUGCCAAGGAGCACGGCUGGCUCAUCAAAGGCCUGGAGCCGCAUGGCCACCAAACCGAUGUCUCGGAGGUCCACGAGGUGAACAUUCUUCAGGACAAGGCCCCGGCCCUUGUGGAGUCCCUCCUCGAAUCCCAGCGCGCAGGCCGAGGCCUCGCGCUCCAGGACGCCGUGGCCAUGGUGGCCACCCUCGAGCGCCUCAUCUUUGAUGAGUCCGUAAUCCUGCUACACGCGGCUUACAAGCUUAAUUCCAUGAUGCCGGAGGAGCAGCUGGAUGAGCAAGCCAUGCAUGAAGUACUCGCUUCGUAUUUAGUGCUCUUUGAAAUGGGCCAGAAGGCAGAUCUCAACAACACAGAGCUCCACCGGGCUCUCAAAGCUCGUGCAGCGGAAGUCUCCAGCAAUUGGCCUCUGCUCGUUGAGUUUGAGCGGGACUCUAUGCACAACCACCUCUACGCUAACAGGGAUACACGAAAUCCGUUCAUGCCUGUGGAGAUGUUUGACUUUGGAGAUGCUGUCAGCAUUGUGGAGGCAAUGGCGCAUGGCUACGGCAAGUGGCAAAAUACGGAGUGUCAGCAAAUGAAGCAGGAGUUGAUGGACCUUGACACUGAAGGUAAUGGCCUGGUGCCCCUGGGCCGGUUCUACUCGCAGCCGGAAAACGCGGAGUACCACUUCACAGAGACGCGGGAGUACCUGAGGCAGAUCGGUGCCCUGCAGGAAUCCAGCUCAGGGGACCUGCACGUGCGUAUCGCCAACUACAUGACAGGCCCCUCCAACUGCAUCGCAUCAUCUUCCUACUACUCGGUCUGUUGCCUGAACGAGUGCGAGAGCUUGAUGAACGAGUUGGAGGCCAAAGUCUUGGCUCCCACCACAACACCCCAGCGGCUGCUGAGCCUUGUGGUGAACAUGUCCUCCGCCAGUGUAGAUGCACCGCACACGAUCCCAGCCGCGCUGGAGCAGAAGCUCCGCCUCAUCGCCAAGCAGAACAGUGGCCAAAUCCCACUGCACGGCCGGCUCUUCGCGCAGUGGAUGCACUACGCUUUCCCGCACGAGUGCCCCUACCCGCAGAUCGCCGAGGAUGCCUCCGUGUUGACACCCACCUAUUGGCAGAAGGAGAAGGCCACCGUGAACAGAACGGAGAGGGCACAUCUUGCACGAGCUCAUGCAGCAUCACAAGUACGGACCUCAAAUCACUAG